UCGUUAAACCACACUAUUCCAAAAUCAAUACUAUUCUUUGAUUACUCUCCUCCACUAGAAUUUGUCUCUGUUUUUCUUUUGCGGCAAAAACUUUCAUGAACUCUUGCUAAGGAGUUAUGAAAGAAACUUUAUCAACGGUAAGUCGUGUUCCGAAAAGCCAUCACCACGGAGGUGACCAGAAAAUUGUGGAGAAAUCAAACGGAGGAGUAGUACCGUACCGGUACCCGUCCUGGUUCGUUAUCUUUGCUUCGUUUAAUAUGUUAUGGUUCUUGAUGUUUUAUUUCAAUACCGAUGCAUUUGUUAGUAGUAAGAACAAAGUUCAAUCGAUAAUGAAUGAUUAUGUGUAUGGAUUUGUGUCGCCACAACCAAAGAUUAUGAUUCCUUUAGAGAAUGAAACCGCCGUACCCCUCUUCAGAGAACCCAUUAGAGAUGAUGAUUUGGUAGACCGGUUUGGUACCGAUGAUUCAACGUCGGUUUCGUUGAAUGAUCAACCGGAAGCUGUUAGGCAAGAAGAGGUAGUUGUUUCACAGAACCAGUCAAAAACUGAAAAUCUUCCUAGUCAAAUGGAACUAGUAGGUGAAAACGUGUCUAGACCCAAACCCGAAGAACAUAGCAUCGAAAAUGAGAUUGAACCCAUAGCUGUUCAGAACAAAAAUGAAACUGUUACCAUAGAACCAGUUAAGGAAAACGGGUCUGAAACGAAAACUGAAGAUCCUGCAAGGGGAAAUGAGAUUGAACCUGUUGGCACAAAACUAGUUGCCGGAAACGGAACCGGACCCAUUACCCAAGAAGAUCCGGUUACGGAAGAUGGUAUUGAACCUAUUGUUCACGACUUAAAUGAACCGGCUCCAAGAAAUGAGUCCGAAUCUGAUUUUGAUCCAUGUACUGGUAAGUACAUUUAUAUGCAUGAUUUGCCAAAGAAAUUCAAUGAAGAUUUGUUGAUAGAAUGUGACACACUUAACAAGUGGAUUCCGAUGUGCCCGUAUAUGGUGAACGGCGGACUAGGUCCGAGACUGGUGAACUCGCAAGGGGUGUUUCCUACCAACGGAGGCUGGUUUAAUACAGAUCAGUACAUGUUGGAAAUCAUAUUUCAUCACAGGAUGCAGCAGUACAAGUGUUUGACACUCAAUUCUUCAUUAUCUUCGGCGAUUUAUGUGCCAUUUUAUGCAGGUUUUGAAGUUAUUCGUCACCUGUGGGAUACUGAUGUACCGACUCGGGAUGCUGCUACUGUUGAACUGGUGAAGUGGCUCACUUCAAAACCUGAAUGGAAGGUUUUAGGAGGAAGAGAUCAUUUCCUAGUUCCAGGGAGGACAACAUGGGAUUUUAGAAGGUUGUCAGAAGAUGAUGCAGAUUGGGGUAAUAAACUUUUGGUAUUACCCGAAACUGAGAUCAUGCCGGCUUUAUUAGUCGAAGCAAGUCCAUGGCAGGUAAAUGAUUUUGGGGUACCUUUUCCGACGUAUUUUCAUCCUUCGUCAGAUGGAGAGGUUUAUGAAUUGCAGAACAGGAUGAGGAAUCAGCAGCGGCGUUUCUUAUUUUCAUUUGUUGGUGCACCGAGGCCAAAUAACACUAAAUCUAUUAGAAAUCAGCUCAUUGAACAAUGCCUAGGAUCAAAGAAUUGCAAACAACAAGACUGCAAAAACAAAGAAAACGGCGAGAAACCUUGUGAAGACCCAAGUACUGUGAUGAAAGUGUUUCAAAGAUCGGUAUUCUGUUUAGAGCCUCAAGGAGAUUCGGCUACUCGAAGGUCCACUUUUGAUGCUAUUUUAGCUGGUUGCAUACCAGUUUUUUUCUAUCCAGGGACUGCUUACACUCAGUAUACAUGGUAUUUACCGGAAAACUACACACAGUAUUCAGUUUUUAUAUCAGAAGACGAAGUUAGAGACGGGAAGGUAAAUAUCGAAUCCGUUCUACAACAAUUUUCGCAAGAGCAAAUUCGCGCAAUGCAAGAGGAAGUUAUAAAAUUGAUUCCAAAGGUCAUCUAUGCAGACCCACGGUCUAAAUUGGAGACCAUUGAAGAUGCAUUUGAUAUAGCUGUUAAAGGAGUGCUCGAAAGAGUGGAUAAAGUGAGAAACGAUAUACGAGCGGGACGAAAUCCUGAUGAGCCUCCUCAUUCAGCAUCCAAUACAUGGAAGUAUCGUUUGUUCGGGACAGAAGAGAAGCACGAAUGGGAUCAUUUUUUUGAAGCUCCAAAGUGAGAAGAGAAAUAGAGUUAGAUGGUACUUAGUGUCAGCCACAUUUUGUAAAAGUUAUGUCCUUCAAAUCUCAAUUGUUAUUCUUUUGUGUUAAGUAUGUAAUCUAGAGAGAAAAAAAUAGCGCAAGUAUAUCAUUUGAAAUUCCUUAUUAUUGUAACGAUUUUUUGCAUGAAUAAAUGAAUAAUGUGUGACACUGGUAGCUAGUAAUUAUACUUAUA